CUCUCGCUGAGAUAGCUUUGCUGGCCUCUCUCUGCUGCUGCUGCUGCUGCCGUCGCUAUUAUUAAUCGCCAUCAAAACACACUACCAACGCCGCGGCACUGGCCAGUACUCCCCCUACCACUACGCUGCUGCUGAUGCCGCGGCGAUCUCAAUGCCCGAGCGAACCCUAGGCGCCGGAGGCGGGCGGCGCGGGGCGGUAUCCUCCGCCUGAGCGGGGAGCGGGCCCCCGAUCCGCAUCGGCGGCGUCGCGAUGAACCCGCUCUGCUGCAUCGCACCGGUCUCGCUCGAGCACGCCGCGGACCACCUCCACCAGCAGCCACCGCGCAUCCUCGCCGCCGCGCCGCCGCCGCCCCCGGCGCAGCCGGUGGCCCCGGCGGCGGUCGCGGGGGUGCUGCACAAGUGGGUCAACUACGGGAAAGGGUGGCGGUCGCGGUACUUCGUGCUCGAGGAUGGGGUGCUCUCCUACUACAAGCUCCGCGGCGGCGGAGCGGGAGGUGGGAGCGGCGGCGCUGGGGAGGCGGCCGUGCCGUCGCCCGCCUUCGCGGCGGCGAGGGUGAUCGGGGAGGGGGGCGCGCUGCGGCGGGCGCGGGAGGAGGCCGCGGCGGCGGGGAAGCGGUGGAAGCCAUUCGGCGAGAUACAUCUCAAGGUUUCAUCAAUUCGUGCAAGCAAGUCUGAUGAUAAGAGGCUGUAUAUAUUCAGUGGGACGAAGACAUUACACUUGAGGUGUGAAACUGAGGAGGACAGGAACUCUUGGAUAGAUGCAUUGCUGGCGGCGAAGGAUCGUUUCCCGCGGUCGCUGACUAGUAAUGAUCUUGGUCCCAUGGCGGACAUUAUGUUGUCCACCGAGAAGCUGAGGGUUCGGCUGCUGCAGGAGGGUCUGAGUGAAGCAGUGGUCAAGGAGUGUGAGGCUAUUAUGAUGAGUGAGCUGCUGGAACUGCACAACCAGAUAAAGUCUCAGCAGCAGCAGCAUUCUAUUUUGAUAGACCGCCUCCGGCAAUUGGAGACAGAGAAAGUUGAGCUAGAGAGAACAGUUGUGCAUGAGACUAAGGAGAGGGAAACACAUGGUUAUGCCAAUGGCAGACAAAGUGAUUUCUAUUCAGUUUUAUCAGGAGGAAGUUCAAGUGAAUCAGACCCUGACACUGCAAGUCAAGUGGCCGAAGUUGAAACUGAGGAAGAUGAAGUAACAUACUUCGAUACAAGAGAUUUUCUAUCUGCAGAAUCUUUACGAAGUGCUUCAUGUCGAAGGAAGGAGCUUGUGGCAAAUGGUUGCAAUGGAUCAGAAUAUGUUGGAGAUUCUGUUACAAAUACUGUCAAAACUACUAAAUAUCCCUUUGUGCUACGCAGAGAUAAGCUACCAGAGCCAAAGGAAAAAGAGAAGCCUAUAGGAUUGUGGUCAAUAAUUAAAGAAAACAUAGGGAAAGAUCUCUCAGGUGUUUGUCUACCUGUUUAUUUCAAUGAGCCUCUCUCUUCUUUGCAAAAAUGUUUUGAAGAUUUGGAGUACUCUUACUUGGUUGACCAUGCACUACAGUGGGGAAAACAGGGUGAUAGCUUGAUGAGGAUACUUCAUGUAGCAGCGUUUGCAGUAUCAGGUUAUGCUUCAACUGAAGGCCGGCAAUGCAAACCCUUCAAUCCUCUACUUGGGGAAACAUAUGAAGCUGACUAUCCGGAUAAAGGAGUUCGCUUUUUCUCUGAAAAGGUCAGUCAUCACCCAGUGGUUGUUGCAUGCCACUGUGAAGGUAGAGGUUGGAGAUUCUGGGGUGAUUCCAAUCUGAAAGGGAAGUUCUGGGGUCGGUCCAUUCAGCUUGAUCCGAUAGGCGUUCUUACCCUCCAAUUUGAUGACGGAGAAACAUUUCAGUGGAGUAAAGUGACUACUUCCAUUUACAAUAUCAUAAUUGGCAAAAUUUAUUGUGAUCACUAUGGCACAAUGCGUAUCAAUGGAAGUGGCCAGUACUCCUGUAAGCUUAAAUUCAAAGAACAGUCAAUAAUUGAUCGCAAUCCACACCAGUUCUCCUGCGUCGUUCGAGGAAAAAAAAUUUGCUGUUGCUUACCUUGUUUCCCUGGGUUGAAUUUCAGGGUGCAUGGAUUUGUGCAAGAUAAUAGAACAGGGGAAAAAGUAGCUAUGCUAAUUGGGAAAUGGGAUGAAACUAUGUAUUAUGUGCUCGGGGAUCCAAGUGCAAAACCCAAGGGGUAUGACCCAAUGUCAGAAGCGGUUCUUUUAUGGGAGAGAGACAAGUCUCUUAAUCAGACACGAUACAACCUUUCUCCUUUUGCAAUUUCUCUGAAUGAAUUGACACCUCACUUAUUGAAGAAGUUGCCUCCUACUGAUUCUCGUUUGAGGCCUGAUCAAAGGCAUCUGGAAAACGGUGAAUAUGAGAUGGCAAAUGCAGAGAAACUUAGGCUUGAACAACUGCAACGGCAGGCCCGGCGACUGCAAGAGAAAGGAUGGAAACCAAGGUGGUUUAAGAAGGACGAGGAUGACAGCUACCGCUAUGUGGGUGGAUACUGGGAAGCAAGGGAGAAGGGGAACUGGGACGGCAUCCCGGACAUCUUUGGCCAGAACAGUGUAUCCCCAGGGUUGCCGUAGCUACCCCUACCCGGCUUGUGUUAUACUAGUAGCAUCAGGGUUCUAUGCAGAGAAUAUUUUGCGAGCUACAUAUACAUGGUGAAAGAAUGUCAAUAUUCCGAAUUUCCUUGGUCUAGAUAACCAAAAUGUAGUGCUGAACAUAUGAUGAAAUUAGAGUAGCAUAAAAGCGGAUCAAGUAGGUUUAGGUUCACUCUGAAAUCCGUGUUAUCUUGUGGUGGCGUAUGUCCUUUUUCUAUACACUAGUAUGGAGGCGGUCGGGAUGCGGAGGGUUGGUGCGAGGUGUUCAACCGUCGCAACUCGAAGCUCCGGCCUCGCCCGCAGCGGCGUCCA